UACCAAACCAAAUAAUCAAUGGAUUUUAGAGAUAAGGAUCACUACGAAUCAUCAGCUAUCGAAAUCAGCCUUGCAAAAGAAGAGCAAAAGGCUAAUUUCUUCAGAGAUAAAUAUCCUGAUUUUUCUACAAAAACAAAGCCAAAACUAAGAAUGAUGAAGCCCAAAACAAACUCAACCUCAACAGGGAACUACUUCAUAAAGAAAACUAAAAUCAAAAAGAAGGUCAAGCGCAGCUGAGAUACCUCAGAAAGGAGGAAUAGUAAAACCGGAAACAAAAGUAUUGGCCCUAAAAAGCUGGCUAACUCUAAGAUAAGUACCAGCAAGCAGAACAUCCAUAAAAAGGUUGAAAGUAAGAAAACUAAACAUCUGAGGAAAUAUUUCAAAGACCAAAUUAAGAGCGGUGAAAGGAUGAAACUUAAUAUACUCACUCCCACAUAUGAGAAAGAAAUAAAAUUCCCAGCUAGAAACACCACAAAGCACAACGACCCCAGAAAUAUCCCAAAGAAUGAUAAUUCAAAAUUUGAGUCUUCAAGAAAAACUGAUGGCUCACAGAAGAACUCUAAGCUGUCUACCAUGCCUUUCCCUCUGACAAUGCAAGUGGCAGAGCAGAAGAUUCAAGGAAUUAGUAAUCUAAGCAAUCUGUUCUCACCUAUUUCGAAUAAAAAGCACAAGAAGAGUAUCGAUUCUAGUGCGAAAAGCAAGAAAAGUAAGAAGGUCUAUGAAUCCCCUAUCACUAAGAAUCUGCACUCUUCUAAUAAGAGAGCUUGCCCCACUGACAACAAAUUUGAGCCUAUUAGAGGAAGUGUCUCCUCCAUUAAGCCAUCCAAAGGAGAUACAGACACCGAAUCUCUUAUUAAAAACUCCAGAACCGUGUUUAAAGAGUACAAGGAAUGAGCAAAAAUUCCAGUAAACCUCCAGAAGCAGAAAAGAGACAAUAUCAAGAGAGGUAGCAGUAACACCAAUGAAAAUGACGUUAAUAUCUCAGACAACGCAGUCAUUGAGAAAGAAGCCUCAAAAAGUAAGCCCAAAGUGUCACCUAAUGGCAUUAUUAAAUAAGAUUGCUGAGUCCCUCGAUGCUUGGCAAGCAAAGAAAAGACAUAAGUCUUUCAAAAACAAGCCGCAAGAAGCAUAUCAUCCUAAAUUAAGUACCAAUAAGAAGUUCCAAACUAGUUAUCCUCAAGAGCCUGAUCAGUGUUCGAAUUAUAAUUCAAGCAGCUAUAUUCCGAAGAACGACUCUUGUGGAUUAACUCAUGAAGAUAAGAGGCGUCAAAAAUUACCUCCCCAGAUCUACAUCCCAAAUCAAUAUGAUCACUAUAAUCAACAAAAAGAUUCAGAGGAUCUUGACAAAGGAUGUAAACGCUCACGAAGCUCAGAUUUCAUUUUUGUGGAUCCUACUUACAGUUCCUUAGUCAACAGCACUCCUAGCUGCUCAUGAGCAAAUUGUUGGCAAAAUCCAAACCCAUGUGGACUUCCUAGACAAAUGCGUCCAUGCCAGGAUACAAAACUAACCUCGGUAGAUUAUUUCAACCAAGGUUGCUUAAAGGAGUGCAGUCGUUGCCACCAUUCAAACCCUAGAGAGCCAACUCCUAAAAGUACCUUUGAGAACAGCAGAUCACAGAACAAUUUUAAGUUCCGAACUAAAUGCUUGGCUGAUACCAAAAAGAUUCAGCAGCACCGGUCCCAAGAAAAGGCUCAAAAUUUAAAAAUUUCCAACUGGCACAACCUGAUGGUAUCUAAAACUAAGAAUCCCAAAAAGCUUAAGAAAAAGAAGAAUGCUGCUCUACUAAAAGCAAAGAUCUCUAAAGCUAUUCCUGUAAGGAAGAGGAACAAGCAAAUCAAAAAUCUUGUCAAUUAUAUUGAUGACCCUCACCCAGGAAUAAGGAAAGGGAAACUCACACCAUAUGAUUUGUCAAUAAAGAAGAUCAAGAGGUACACUCCAGUGCAGGACUUGACAAAGUAUGAAGUGCAACAUAUGAACCAACGCAAGAUGGGCAGUACUUCUAGAUGUCUCUGCUCAAGUACUCAUUCUAAGGGAAGUAACAGUUCUCUAAACAGCAAAUAUUGGUCUAGCCAACAUCUGAAGAAACUCAGAAAUCACUAUGAUCAUAGAACUAUUACAGAGGAAGGCACAAGAGAAACCUGUUGCAAAGACUCAUACCUUUGUAUGGGCUCAUUUGAGGUGCCAAAUAGCUAUGAAAGAACUCUAAUUCCUCACGAUGAAUCACACAAAUUAUCUCUGAUUAAAAAUAAAGUCGAGCAGACUUUGAACACCUAUAGAUCCUACUGCUCAAAUCUUCAGCAAGAAAUGGCAAAAUUGAAGCAUGAAAAUAUGAAACUAAGGAAUUUAAUGAGGUUGUCAUAAAUACAGCAUUA